AUGCACUUACCUUUUCGUAUGCCAUCUCCUCGCGGUUUGUGUAGUACCGCCGAGCACAUUCGUCACCGCCGUGAGAAGAGAUACUAUAAGCUACUCCGUCUUUUUGCUGAUCGAGUCGGUCAGCAUCAGUUGAACAACCGAAAGUAUUUGGCGCCAAGUCCAGCCUCAGUUGGUCAGUAUUGUGCAAGGCAAAAAUCGGUCAGAGUCGAGACGAUUUCGGCAGCGUGGAAGCAAUCAGCAAUUAUCUACAGUGCGUUAUGUGAGCAGUUGAUGCGAUCAUUAAAGGUGCGAAAGGCUCUUCGUGUGGACCAUUCUGUAAAAUUUUAUAGGCCAGGUCGUCGGGCGGCGCCUGACGCGCUCAGAAAAUCAUGA